AUGAAGCCUCUCCGGUUACAAUCCGCCUUGGGGCUUCUGCUCCGGCCCUCCGCCUCUACAGCAUCUACCACGGCCCCCAUCGCCGGGCUCCAAGCACAAGCGCGAUGGGCGCAUAAGACCACAACAAACUCUCAGCUACCCCUCGUCCCAGCACCAAUCCCGCUCGUCCCCGACGUCGAAACCUUCUUGACGGUCAUCGGCCGCGGCCUCAAACAACACGCAUCCAAAUUUCCUACGUGGGACGCUCUUUUCACCCUCACGUCCGACCAGCUCAGAGAACUCGGCGUCGAACCACCACGGUCGAGGCGGUACUUAUUGGCAUGGCGGCAGCGCUUUAGGGAAGGAAAAUUUGGGAUUGGCGGCGAUCUUAAACACGUGGAGGAUGGCGUCGCAGAGCUGAGGAUUAGGGAGGUGGACAAGACCCCGUUGAUCCGACUAAGGCAAAUCAUCAACGUCCCGCCCGGGAAGAGGGUUGAGGAGCUGCAGUCGUCGGAACUAGUCCGCGUGCGUGGUUUCACGGCACAAGGGGUCCGCAGCAUUUCAGGGCCAUACGCGUUGCCUAUGAGGCACGGCGGUGCCCGAAUCAAGGUAACGGAGGGUAUGUGGGAGGACAGGAGGGGGCAUAAGGUAGACGGUGGUGAGCGGAGGCGGGAUAUGAUCCGCUUCAAAAAGCGGGUGGCGGAGCGGAAGGCCCUUAAGGAAGCACAAGGCUUUUACUAG